AUGAGAACUAGCACAACAUAUGCUAGUGGGUUGGCAUUGGUUCCUUGGACCCACAUGUAUAUUGAAGACACUCGCCUAAAUCACAAAGCUGACCUUAGCAAAUUGCUCUCCUGCCAAAAGACUAGUGCUCGACCCCUCCUAUCAAUCCAUACAAGGUCCAGAAAAGUGGGUCCUGAAGCUUUCCUGAAUGCAACUUGGUCUCACGCUUCAUCAAGCAUGAAUACAAAGUAUGUCUGUGAAUCUGUCAUCAUGAAGGAAUUAAUCCAUUUCCUUGCUAAUUCCUAUGAAGUAAAGAGAAAAAGGUUAGCAGAGAUGAAGCAAACUGUGAAAGUUGCAAAGUUUCAGUCAGUCAUUCCCAUUUCAGGAUUCGAUUUUGUGCGUGAGCCUUGUGAAGGAGUAUUGCUUUUUGGGCCUCCUGGGAAAAUAUUUAUUGCCAACGCACUUGCAAAUGAAGCAGGAGCUAACUUCAUCAGCAUAACUGGUUCCACAUUUACAUCUAAGGUCGGUGUUGGUGAAGUUCAAUACCAUGGUGAGUUGCAAGGCUUGAAGUUGCCAUGA